AACGCAGAAAAUGAUCAGAUGUCAGGAGAAGCUUCCAAACAGGCAUCCUGUGGAAUAUGAAGCACAGAGUCAAUGGUAUAAAUAAAACACGUGGGUUAUGGCUGUUGGAGGAAAUGAUGUUAGCCAAAUAUUCCCUUUUAGCCUCUUUAAGCUGCUCUGGUAGAGACGCCAACAGUCUUAGAAUCUGAAACGUGACCUGCAGUUUAUCCUUUUUCCACCUUCGUUCAACACGGCGACAUUCCUGCCUUACAGCACGAGUUCUGUCACUAAACCAAGGCUCAGGUUUAAUCCUUGGCUGCCUGGUUUUUAGUCCAGGAUGGUUUGACAGGAAGAACAGAACCAGGACCAGAACUGUUCUGUAUCAGAGUGGAGGAGGUCAGAUGAUCCACAGAGCUGAAGGAAAGCAGCAGAGAACUGAGUGGCAGUGGAAGGGUUAAUACUCCGACACAGUUUUAACUGCAGCAGGUGGCAAAGUGACGCUGAAUAUGAAGAGUUUGUCUGAUGAAGAGUUUGUCUGAUGAAGAGUUGGUCUGAUGCUGAGACGCUAGAAAUGUUCUUCAGCUGACCUGUAGGUUCAGGUCAGAGGUCAGAGGUCAGCCUGAUUUCUGGUUUCCAGCUGGAACAACUGGAGCUGUUCUGACUCUGGAUCGUUCCUCUUUAGGCCCAAAGGUAACUUCAGCUUUCUGGGUCAGGGUUCUGGUUCUGACCCGUCGCUCCAGCAUCCCUCUGUUCGUUUCCCUCCAUCCUGACUCAUCUGCCACUUCCUGGUUCAUUUAACUGGAUCAGAACCGAACCAGUUGGGAUUUUCAUGUAACCCAAAGAAACAUCAGAGCAAAGGAAGCAGAACUGGAUCGACCCGGUCCAAGAUCUAGGAAGAGACCCGAAGAUCAGACCUCCAGAACCGUCAAGGCAGACAGUUUGGGUGGAUGAACGGGUCAGAAUCCCACCUGAGCGACGGACCGGUCCAGAUCCUCCACGCGGCAGACAUCUGGAAGGUUCCAUGAUGUCCUUGUGGAAGUGCAUCCCUGGUCGGUACCGGGUCGGUACCAACUGAGGAAGGACCGCCUGUGGCAGUACAUGUGGAUCAGACGGAGCGGCUGGACUCAGAGCGGUCCUCACAGAGACACACUCUCCUGACACACACACAGUCACAUCUGGCGAACAUCAGCAGAGUGGGCGGUUCUGGUCCCAGGCGGGUUGGCUGGAUCGGAUCAGACUGCUGCCAGUUCUCACACAGAACCAGCUGCUUCCCCGUCGGGUUCUGGUGGUUUCUGAGACGGUUCUGGACCAUGAAGUGUCUCGUCGGGACUCUGCUGUUGGUGUCCGCCCUGCCGUCCCUCUGCACCGUCGCUCCGCCUCCGGACUCCGAGUGUGGCAUGUCCUACCGUCUACGAACCUUCCGGGUGACGACCAGGUGUAACCUGACCACCCUAAAGGAGAAGCAGGUGAAUGAGAUCAAGGCUUGGACCACCAACCUGGUGCUGCCGAUCGUCUACCUGUUUACCUUCUGUGUCGGUCUGCCCACCAACCUGUUGGCUCUCUGGAUUCUCGUGUUCCGGACCAAACGUCGGCCGUUGACCACGCUGCUCAUCAACCUAACUGUGAUAGACUGCUUGCUGCUCCUGGUUCUGCCGUUUCGGAUCGUCUACCUCUUCCGGGGGAGCCACUGGGAGCUGGGGGAGCCUCUCUGCCGGAUCGUCAUGGCGAUGCUUUACGGGAACAUGUACAGUACGGUCUGGUCCCUGGCCUUCGUGGCUGUGGACCGGUACGUGGCUGUGGUUCAUCCGUUUGGUGCGAAGAGUUUGCGCAGCCGGCGGUGGUCUCUGGGCUUGACGGCCGCAGUGUGGGUGGUGAUGCUGGCCGCCAUGUUGCCUCUGCUGCUGUCCCAGCAGACUUACCCUCUGGAUGACCCCAAGAUCACCACCUGCCAUGACGCACUGCCCGAGAGCGUGCAGGAGAACUACUUCCUGCCGUACUUUGCCACGCUGUUCACCACCUGCUUCCUGCUGCCCUUCGUCAUCGUGAUGUUCUGCCACAGCGCCAUACUGCGCACCCUGCUGGCUGAAGGCAGGAAGUACUGUCACACCAUCAGGGUGAUGGGUCUGAUGAUAAUGGUGUUCAUCGUGUUCCUGCUGCCCUGUAACGUCCUCCUGAUCCUGACCUACAGCGACAGCUGGCCGGACGGUGAGGACCUGUACAUCCCCUACAUGAUCAGCCUGACCAUCAGCACCUACAACAGCAGCUUCAACCCCUACGUCUUCUACGAUGUCUGCAGAGAUUGCAGAGAAAGGACCAGGAACGCUCUGUGCUGCGUCCCUGACAUGGAGGACAUACCGUCCUCUCAGGGGACACACACCUCCUCGUCAGCGAGGCAGAGGUCAAAGGUCACUCUGUUGGCCAUGACAAGUUACAGGGGACGCCUGACCCAGCAGCCAGAGGUCAACAUGAUGACAUGACAGUCAGCUGAUGCUGGUUUACGUCAGCAGCAGCCGCUGGGCCUCCAGAUCCUCCUUCUAGUAAAACAAUUAGCUACUGUAAUCUUUAUUGUUAACCGUCUUUACUAGAAACAAAACUGGAGAAAAAAUGUUUUCUGUGUCAAAACCUUUUGUCCAUCCUGAACCUGACUCCUAUUGGUCAGUUCACUUUUGUUUAUUCUCCGUUCUUUCUGUGAGCCAGUGUUUCUCCACCCUGGUCCUCAUGUUUUAGGUGUUUCUCUUCUGCCACCUGGUUGAAUAUUUUGGUGAUUAACAGGCGUCUGCAGCACCUGAUGGUCAUGCAGUCAUUAGAAUCAGCUGUUCUGGUCCAGAGGCUCAUCUGACACAUGCAGGGGGCGGUGAGGACCAGGGGGGAGAAAGUACUCAAAAAAUGUACUCAAGUAAAA